CCCCUCCUCUCGUGCGAAGCUGGAGUCGUUUGGUCUCUAUUCACGGAUUCUUGCGGGAAUUGACGAGCCGCCGCCCUCCUGGGACCCUGUGAGCACGCCGGACUUCGUCUUAAAUGGAUCAACAAAGCCUAGAACGGAUUAGGAAGAGGAAGAGGGAUGAUGAUGAUGAGCUAUUCUUCUCCAUUCUACCAGCACUGUACCUCUACCUGAAAAAUACAGAAAAGACUAAACGUCAUUCCUCCAUCACUUAUGGCAGAAGGAAAGUUAGGAGACUUCUUAAUGGUCAUCUUAAAGAUUGCUUGACUGCUUUUAGGAUGGAACCAGAAAUCUUUAGAUGGAUUGCAUCUUAUCUUAGAACUGAAGGUCUUAUAUCAGAUAGCGACACCAUAAAGGUCGAAGAAAAGUUGGCCUUUUUCCUGUAUAUGCUAUCACACAACGCAUCGUAUGAGGAUCUACAGGUGGCGUUUCAGCAUAGCGCCUCAACAUUCCAUGAUUACAUCAACGAGUUUUUUGAUGUUGUUCCCAUCCUAGCAAGUCGUUUUCUGAGGCCUCGACACAUUGACGGGCCACAUUCCAAAAUCGCAAAUGAUGACCGCUUCUUCCCAUAUUUUGAGAAUUGUUUAGGUGCCAUAGACGGGUCACAUGUUCCUGUCACUAGGUCUCCUCAACUUCAAGCUCCGUGGAGGAAUAGGAAAGGGUCACUAAGCCAGAAUCUUAUGCUAGCCUGUGAUUUUGACCUGAAUGUGACAUUCAUAUCGUGUGGAUGGGAAGGUUCCGCUACUGACGCCCGUGUACUUAGUUCUGCGCUACUCAAUGGUUUUAAUGUACCAAAUGGAAAAUUUUAUUUAGUGGAUGGCGGUUACGCAAACACCCAGCACUUCCUUGCACCAUACAGAGGUGUAAGGUAUCAUUUGAAAGAGUGGGGCCAUGGUCACCAUGCGCCGCAGAACCAUAUGGAGUUAUUUAAUUACCGACAUGCCGUUGCAAGAAAUCACAUUGAAAGGCUUAUAGGAAUUCUGAAGAAACGGUUCCCAAUCCUAAAUGUUGGUACUUUCCAUUCUAUAACAAAUCAAGUGAAGAUCCCAGCUGCUGCAGCGGUGUUCCAUAAUAUAAUAAAAUUGCAAGAUGGAGAUGAAGAGUGGCUUGAGGAUCAAGAGGAUAACAUAGACCCUGCUGUGUUUGUGGAUCUGCCAAAUGGUGAUGGAGAAAAUAUCCAAGAAAACCAGCUCCACGAGAACCAUGUGCUAGGCAAUCAAUUGAGAGAUCACAUUGCUUUUCAAAUGUGGAAUGACUACAUUGCCUAA